AUGGCUGAUCAACAAGAGUCAUCAGAUAAAAAUGUUGAAAUUUGGAAAAUUAAGAAAUUAAUUAAAAGUUUAGAAGCGGCAAGAGGAAAUGGCACAAGUAUGAUAUCGUUGAUAAUUCCCCCACGAGAUCAAAUUCCAAGAGUAGCAAAAAUGUUGGCAGAUGAAUACGGCACAGCAGCAAAUAUAAAAUCUCGUGUGAAUCGUUUGUCUGUAUUGUCAGCUAUCACAUCUGUACAAGCAAGACUGAAAUUAUAUAACAGAGUUCCUCUGAAUGGUCUUGUUAUUUAUUGUGGAACAAUUGUCACAGACGACGGAAAAGAAAAAAAAGUCAACAUUGAUUUUGAACCAUUUAAACCAAUCAAUACAUCAUUAUAUUUAUGUGAUAACAAAUUUCAUACAGAAGCAUUGCAAGCAUUAUUAGCGGAUGAUUCACGUUUUGGUUUUAUUGUCAUAGAUGGAAAUGGGGCCUUGUUUGGAACAUUACAAGGGAAUUCUCGUGAAGUUCUCACAAAAUUUAACGUUGAUUUACCAAAAAAGCAUGGCCGUGGUGGUCAGAGUGCCUUACGUUUUGCUCGUUUACGAAUGGAAAAACGCCAUAAUUAUGUACGAAAAGUAGCUGAAACAGCCGUACAAUGUUUUAUAACAGAUGAUAAAGUGAAUGUAACGGGAAUUAUUUUGGCUGGUUUAGCUGAUUUCAAAACAGAAUUACAUCAGUCAGAUAUGUUUGAUCCUGUACUUAAAGUGUUAAAACGUGUUGAUGUAUCUUAUGGUGGUGAAAAUGGUUUUAAUCAAGCUAUUGAACUGGCAAGUGAAACGCUUGGUGAUGUAAAAUUCAUUCAAGAAAAAAAACUUAUCUGCCAGUAUUGUUUUGGCGUUGAUGAUACAUUAAAAGCGUUAGAAAUGGGAGCAGUUGAGACAUUAAUUGUAUGGGAAAAUUUUGAUGUUAUGCGUUAUGUAUUAAGAAAUAAUCAAACACAAGAAACUAAAACUGUACAUCUAAGAUUGGAUCAAGAAAAAGAAAAAUCACAUUUUCAAGAUAAAGAUACAGGGGUAGACUUAGAAGCAGUCGAAGCAUUACCACUACUCGAAUGGCUGGCAAAUAAUUAUAAAAAUUUUGGAGCUACGCUUGAAAUAGUUACGGAUAAAAGUCAAGAGGGCUCUCAGUUCGUGAGGGGAUUUGGCGGUGUUGGCGGUAUUCUACGUUAUAAAGUCGACUUACAAAAUCUUAACGUUGAUGAUGCAUACUCAGCGAACGAUAUUGAUUACAGUGAUUACGAUUAA